AUGAAUGAGACAUCUGAAGAGCCUGAAACCAGAGAACAUGUCUGUGUGCAGGACUUGUCAUUGAACCAUGACAUUCCCAGAUCACCUUUUGUAGGUCGGAUGCUCUCUAAGCAGCAGCUGCUCUCCAGUUACAGAACAUUGGAUGUUCAAGUUGUACGUGGAGGUGCUGAAUCAGCAAAAGGAAAAUAUGCCCAGAUGUUAUUUAGAGACCUAUUUGAGGACUACUCAAAUGCACUGCGUCCAGUAGAAGAUACUGAUACAGUACUAAAUGUCACCCUACAGAUUACUCUUUCCCAGAUCAAAGACGUUGAUGAAAGAAAUCAGAUCUUGACAGCAUACAUUUGGAUAAGAUUAAGCUGGUACGAUGCUUACCUAAAGUGGGACAGAGAUGAGUAUGAUGGCCUUGAUUCUAUCCGUAUUCCCAGCAACAUGGUUUGGAGACCAGACAUUGUGCUGUACAACAAGGCAGAUGAUGAAUUUUCAGAACCGGUCAAUACAAACGUGGUCCUAAGAUAUGAUGGGAAAAUCACUUGGGAUUCACCGGCCAUCACAAAGAGCUCUUGUGUUGUUGACGUCUCUUAUUUCCCCUUUGAUAACCAGCAAUGUAACUUGACGUUCGGCUCCUGGACCUACAACGGCAAUCAGGUGGAUAUAAUCAAUACUAUGGACACCGGGGACCUGUCUGACUUUGUGGAAAAUGUUGAAUGGGAAAUGCACGGCAUGCCAGCAGUGAAGAAUGUAAUUACCUAUGGCUGCUGCUCCGAUCCAUACCCCGAUAUCACCUUCACUUUGAUCUUGAAGAGGAGAUCUUCUUUCUACAUCUUUAACCUGCUAAUUCCCUGUGUCAUGAUAUCCUUCCUGGCUCCCUUGGGUUUCUAUCUACCUGCAGAUUCAGGGGAAAAGGUUUCGCUUGGUGUCACUGUCCUGCUGGCCCUUACUGUAUUUCAGUUAAUGGUUGCAGAGAGCAUGCCUCCAUCUGAAAGUGUUCCUCUUAUAGGAAAAUAUUACAUAGCAACUAUGACCAUGAUCACAGCCUCCACUGCACUGACCAUCAUCAUAAUGAACAUUCACCUCUGCGGACCAGAAGCAAAGCCCAUCCCUCGGUGGGCCAGGAUUGUGAUACUGGACUACAUGUCCAAGAUAUUCUUUGUUUAUGACGUCGGUGAGAACUGCACCAGCCCACAGAGUGACUCGGAUACAAAAUCUAAUGGAAGUGUUCCCUGUUACGAUGAUUAUGAGAAAGAGCAAGAGGCUUAUAGUAGCUUGGGUUGCCCUGUCUCAGCCAGUGGUAACUUGUCUUGUGACGUUGACAUUAACAAAAAGUUAAACGGACACGUUGGAGGACAUUAUGGCCUACAAAGGGAGAUUCCAGAAACUCACUGCUGUACCCACUGCAACCGCUACAGAAUCCUCACAAAUAACAUUGAAUAUAUCACUAACUGGUACAAGGAACAGAAAGCAAUAAGUGCUAAAGGAAUAGAGUGGAAAAAGGUGGCGAAAGUCAUGGACAGGUUCUUCAUGUGGGUCUUCUUUAGCAUGGUCUUUUUCAUGAGCAUUUUGAUUAUUGCCAAGGCAGUGUGAUUCUUCUUGGCAGCAGUGAUAUAUUUAGAAUAGAACAGUUUCUCCUUAGGUCUCUGCAAAAAUAAUAUCUUAUAUAUUAUCUUAUAAAUGAAAUGGUAAUGGCAUCUUCAACUCUCUACAGUGAGCUAGAUGCAUUCAAUUCUAAAUGAAUUAAUAACUUUGAUUGUGAACCUCCCAAAAAAUAACAGGCUGCUUAGGCAUGUUUGGGGGGGGGGGGGCUGCUGACGAAUUCUUCUAAGUAGAGCAAAGUGUGGAGUAGUUUAGUAGCUGAUAACCAAUAUUCCAAAGCUUUAUAACGAUAUAAGGCUUCUCAAGCAAAGGACAUUGCACUUCUGCUUUUGCACCACACAGCAAGUGGAUCAUACUACACUAUUUUAUAUACAUGACAUGAAAUAUGUAGCAACACUGCACCAGGGCCAUAUAUAUAGCUGUGCCCAUGGUAAGGUGAACAUAUACAUUAUUUUUCUCCAUGAAGUCUAUGGGGCUCAGUUAUAAACACUGGACACAUUUUCACCGGGGUAGUAACCCAUAGUAACCAAUCCGUGCUUAGCUUUAUUUAGUUAGCUGCAGGCU